AAGAAGAGGAGUAAACGAGUCAAACUGCUGGCUGCUGUUUUGAAGGCUGAAGUUCGCUGAUAAAGAGCAGAUUUCCACUUGAUGAUUCUGCCCUGUUGGGAAAGUGGCUUGCCAACAUUAGCUGCGAGAACUUUAAUCCCACGGUUAACUCCAGAGUGUGUAGUGAGCAUUUUGUGAAGGAAGACUACGUAUUCAUCCCAGAGAUGACUCCGUCGUCAUCAAACUUUCUCUCUACCCAAGGGCAGUACCAACCAUAUUCCCAACUCACCUGCCUCACAAACAAAAGAAUACAUCGCAGAAGUGUCCACCUCUGAAAAAGAGGUCUCUUCCUCCAUCUCAUGACCAGCAAGCUCAACAGCCAAAAGUCAGCAAUAGCUCUCUACCUGAUCAUGACUACUUCACAUCACCUGAUACUGUGGCUGAAAAGUUAAAGGAAACAAACAGAAAACUCACCGAAGCUCAAAAGGCGCUCAAUGGUCACAAACAAAAGAUUAAGAGAAGAGAUGGCACUAUCUCCAAACAUGCAAAGGCUGUUAGUGAGUAAAGAAGGUGUUCUACCUGAGCAGCAGGAAGGGAAUCAGAGUCUUGACAAAAAGGACUUAGAGCCUCCAAACAUUAAAGAAGAGCAGGAUGAAUUCUGGAGUGAAGGUGAAGAAAAAACACAGUCAUCACAGCUUUAUGGAAGCCAAAGAGAUGAGAGCACAGAAGUGGAGCUUCUUUCCACCAACUCAGCAGAGCACAGAACACUGAAAACAGAAGUUAAUGAAGACGAUUGGGGAGAAUCACAAUCAGAUACUGAUGAUGUGCAGCAGGUGUUGGUGAUGAAAGAAGAAAUUUUCCCUGAACAACAGGAGCAGAAUCUGGGUGUUGACCAGGAGGACAUUAAAGUGGAAAAAGAGAAACUCUGGAUAGGUCAGCAGGAGCAGCAACUGGAGGAGACUGAUAAUGGCAAGUUCUGUUUCACUGCUGUCCCUGUGAAGACUGAAAAUGAUGAUGAAAACCUGCAGUCAUCACAGGUUCAUCAAAGGCAAAGUGACGAGAGUAUAGAGGCUGAGCCUGUAGCCAGCAGCUCAAAUGCACACAGAACACUGCCAGUACAAGCUGAUGAAGAAGACUAUGGCGGACCACAACCAGCCAGCAACUUAGGUCCAUUUAGUUAUUUACAACUAAAUACCAAUGGUAGGAAUUCUGACAGUUCUGAAACUGAGACUGAUGACAGUUGUGAAUGGAAGCACAGUAAAGAGCUUCACUCAAGUUUUACCUGUCAAAAAAGUACAAAUGUCUCUGCUCGAAAUAGCAGCUGCAAUGUUACUAAGAAACAGUUAAAUUUCUCUCAGUAUGAUAACGCAUAUGGUCAAAUGAACUACUCAGUGCGACAUGCAGAAAUGCAAAAAAGUGGAAAACCAUUUGGCUGUUUUGAGUGUGGUAAAAGAUUUGGACAGAAGAGUUAUCUAAACACACACAUGAGAAUUCAUACGGGACAGAAACCAUUUGGCUGUGCUGACUGUGGUAAAAAAUUUGGACAGAAAAGCAGUCUGAACACACACAUGAAAACUCAUACAGGUGAGAAACCAUUUGCUUGUUUCUGAGUGUGGAAAACGAUUUGGACGAAAGAGCAGCUUAAACACCCACAUGAGAAUUCACACAGGGAAGAAACCAUUUUGCUGUUCUGAGUGUGGUAAAA